AUGCAGCAGCAGCAGCAGGACGAGCCUUUGCCUGCCGCCGCCGCCGCGGAAGCGCGCGUCCGGGGGGCACUGGCCGUAUCCCUUCUGGCCAGCCUGUCCCGCCUGCAGUUCUGCCGCCUGCAGCUCCCGCAGUACGGCGACCUCGUCCAGUCACUCGUCGCUGAGCUGGCGGCCAGCCGGGAAGCUGCACGGCAGCUGCUGGAGUACGCGUCGAGGGUCUCGUCCGACCUUGUGGCGGCAGAUCGCGCCGCCCACAGCCCCGGUCUUGAUAUAACGGAGGGUCCGGCCAGGGAUGACGGCAGCAGCCGCGGCAGCGGCAGCGGCAGCAGCAGCGGCAGCAGCAGCGGCAGCAGCAGCGGCAGCAGCGGCGGCAGCGGCGGCAGCGGCGUUGGUGGAGUCGGCGCCGACAGAGGGGCCGCUGAGGUGACAUUGUCAUCGGGCUGGGAGCGCGACGGCGUCCUCGCCGCCAGCCUCGUAUUCCUGCUGCCGCUGCUGCCCGUCGCGCUGCGCUCCGCCGCGCCCGCCGGCGCGCCGGGCGCCGCGCCGCGGCGCCUCGAGGCGGCGGCUGGCGCGGCGCUGCCACUGGUGCUGCUCGCGGUUUCGCAUCCGGCGCCAGAGGUCGCGCUGCCCGCCCACACCGCCUUCGCCUCCAUCGCCGCCGCCUGCGGCGAGCGCGGCGCGCGGGGUCUCGUGCAGCAGGCGGCGCCCGCGUACGUGCGGCGCGGCGCGGGGGCGCUGCCGGGCGGGGGCAGCUUCGAGGGGCUGCGGCUGGGGCUGCAUUUCCUGUGGCGAGAGCUGCCGCCAGCCAGCGGCGCUGCAGUGCUUGCGGUCCGGCGGCUGGCGCAGCGCGCGGGGGCGCUCGUGGGCGAGGCCGAGCGGCGGCGGCAAGUGCAGCGGGUGCCGCAGGCAGCAUUGAAACCGCACCGUCAGCAGCAGCAGCACCAGCAAGGCCAGCAGCAGCAGGAGGGGCAGCAGCAGCAGCAAGGGCAGCAGCAGCAGCAGAGGCAGGAGCAGCAGGAGGGGCAGCAGCAGGGCCAGGAUGAUCACACAACUUCGCUCGACGCCGGAGCCGCGCAGCUGUUUGCAUUGCUGGUGCAGGGGCUGCAGGCCCUGGACUAUCAGCAGCUGCCCGCGGCGCUGUCCGAGGUGGACUCGCUGCUGCAGUCCGCGCCGCGCGCCGCAGCCAGGGCCUGGCUCGCCGACGCGCAGGCCUCGCUGCUGGCCGGGCAGAACGUGGUGCUGAAGCCGCGCCUGCUGGCGUGGCUGCAGGGCGCCGCUGUGCGGGCGGCGGGGCCGGGCGCCGCGCGGUCAAAGCUGUGA